CUUUACUAUAUCCCCAAAGAUAAACAAAUGGACUCACAAGUCUGCAGAAACCCUGCCCCAUGGGACAUCUGGCUGCUCCCUCCCCAUUUGAAAAUGCCUUCGCCUCCAGCUAUCUUCAGAACUGGGGCAUAGCCAAAGACUCCAAAAAGCACCCUGAAGCCCAUGAUGGCUAUACUCAGAUCAUCGCUAAUGAUCGUGGUCAUCUGCUACCCUCAGUUCCCCGUUCCAAGACCAGUCCCUGGGGCACAUUCAUGGGUACCUGGCAAAUGCCUCUACAGAUACCACCAGCUCGAGUAACCUUGACUUCCCGUUCCACUGCUGCUGCCAACCGACUAAUAAACUGGGUGCAGAAAAACCCCGAUCUGCUCAAUGCCUCCAAUGGACUACGUCCAGAAAUCCGGGGCCAUCCCCAAGAGCCAAGACCACGUGAAAAUGACAGCAGCCUAAAGCCCCCGAAGAAGACUGCUACUCCAAAGGCCGUACAAGAGGUUCCACAUCCUGCUCCAGCCGAGGAUUCCCCACCUUCAAGAGGCCUCCCUGCUGCCUCCCCAGCCCCACCUCCACCCCAAAAUCUAAUCCGCUCCUGCUCCUGCUCCUGCUCUUGCUCCAGCUCCAGCCCUUCAAAAUCUGCGCCCAACAGUCCCAUGACUCCAGAGGCCUGCCGUGGUCCUAAGGAGCCCGAGGGCCAGGAAAUCCAAGAGAGGAAUAUGGAAAAUGAUGGUGAGGAACCCCAGCAGGAGACAGGGGAACUAGCCCCAUUAAGUCCCAAGAAGAUGAUGGAAUGAACCUAAUUCUACUUCAGGAAUGUUAAACAGGUUUAUAUGGGGUAUGGGUAAGAUAAAAUUUUAAAAAUAAAAUGUGAAAUGUUCUUCUGAUCUGGGUCUUCCCAUCCUUUAUUUGCCAUUCCUAAUACAGGUGGGAGGAAGGAAGGAGUCUCAGGAGCAUAGGGUUCUAGCUUUAACUGGGCCAGCCUAGGGAACCACAGGAUUCCAGAGGGAAAGACAAUUCCAGGUGCUCAAGAAUUAAAAAAACCAACAAACCACCGCCUCCCCGCAAACAUCAAAGUUUUUGGUCAAAUCAUUUAUCCAUACUGACUUUAGACACGGUUCUGAGGACUGAGAGGGCAAAUUUCACAGCCAGACGUGGCUUCAGGUCAAGAAGUGAUUUAAUACCAUAAAAGUAUUCGUGAUGUGCCUUUGUAACUAAAUCAUGGAGGAAGAUGGUAAGAAAGAACACUUUGUUCUUAAAGAACUGCUAAUCUAAGGGUAUAGAUAGGACACAUACAGGAAAAGAACAGUA